AUGCUCCUGACAGCGUCGCGAGCCCUCCUGCAGCAAGCGGGAGAGAUGUCCACCGCGCUUCACUGGAUGCGCCGCAUCUCCGCCCGUGUGCCGGAGUCUGGGCUCUCGGGUUCCCAGCUGCAGGCGCUUCUGGACGAUGAGUUCCCGUCGUUUUCGCCUUCGGAGGUCGGCGCCGUGACGCUGAAGGAGGCAGUGCUAAGAUUCCCCGAGCUGCUUAGUGUGGAGGAUGGAACCCAGCUGCAGGCCAAAUGGCACGUGCGGCCCACUCACGCGCGCAAGGCUCAGGAGGAGUGUGUGUCGUCCUCCCCGAAACCUACUGAGACGUAUACAUUGCCCAUGCUGAAGCUUCAGCAGUUCUGCACGAAGCGAGCGCGCAUGCAUCACAACACGUACAUGCCACUCGAGUACGUGCUCAGCAAGGCCGAUAUCCAUGAUGUGAACAUUGUUGGAGAAGUACUGAGCAACCCGGACGCUGCGCUCGACGUGCAGGCGGGGGUGCGCAUUAAGCCGAAGCGCACGCCGCGUGCAGUUGUAGCCUUCGUGGACGGAGAUUUGCUUCCCGCCGUUGCCGUCGAUGAAAUGUGCAAUGAGCUGAAGGUGUUGAAGGAGUCGAGUAUCGUGACCAUUGUUCGGCAGCCGGGCAGCCAUGCGCUUUCGGCUGUCGACAUUGUGUGCCCUGACGUCAUUCCGACUUAUCUGAGCAUUGAGAAGUACGCGCACGAGCUGCGGCUGCGGAGGCCAUACGUGCGCCACGACGUUGUGUACAUGUGCGCUGCCUCGCAGUUCAACAUCUACGCAGGCCGCGUGGCUCUUCUAAACGAAUUCCCUGAUGCGGACGUAUACGUAUGCUGCCCGAGCAUGAUAGCGCUGGUUAAGCCAAAGAAAGUGAUUCCGUUCGAGUGA